AAGUCAGUGAGAGGAGAAAAAAUGAAAGAAAGAUAAGAACGACACAACAACACACCACAAACCCUAGCUCCAAAAUCUCGCGAUAAAUCGGAAAUCUUUUUGAAAUCUGCGAUCUCCGUUUAUCUCUCCGUCGUCAAACACCAAUCUCUCACUCACUCCGUUGUCAUAUAUUGUGCCACAGGAGUGAGGUUACUGCAUCCUGAUGGUUAGAGAGAAGGAUGUCUGUUGGGAAUAUGCAGAGAAGUUAGAUGGAAACAAGGUUAAAUGUAAAUUUUGCCAGAGAGUUCUAAACGGUGGAAUUAGCAGGUUGAAGCAUCAUUUAUCUCGGUUCCCAAGUAAAGGGGUGAAUCCUUGUAGCAAGGUCAGGGAUGAUGUUACAGAUAGAGUAAGGGGUAUAAUAGCAUCAAAGGAAGAGGUUAAAGAAACCACCUCCAGUGUGAAGAAGCCGAAACUAUCAGUAGCAGAAGUCAAGUCCCCUGGUAGUCUUUCUGCAACUAAAGCUGUUAUAUCUUUGGAUGCGAUAUCCCCUAUUGUGAAGAUUUUCCCUAGUGGUGGCAAUCCUAUGACCCCUUCCUCUGCGAACAAUCAAGAGAAUGCAGAGAGAAGUAUUGCUCUAUUCUUUUUUGAGAAUAAGCUUGACUUCAGUGUUGCGCGGUCUUCAUCCUAUCAGUUGAUGAUUGAUGCCAUUGCGAAAUGUGGCCCUGGAUUUUUCGGUCCAUCAGCAGAAGCCUUGAAAACAACAUGGUUGGAAAGGAUAAAAUCAGAAGUGGGUUUGCAGUCGAAAGAUGUCGAGAAAGAGUGGGCUACUACAGGUUGUACCAUCAUUGCAGAUACAUGGACUGAUUAUAAAUCGAAGGCCAUAAUUAACUUCUUGGUCUCAUCACCAUCCAGGACUUUUUUCCACAAAUCUGUGGAUGCCUCUGCAUAUUUCAAGAACACAAAAUGGCUUGCUGAUCUUUUUGAUUCUGUGAUUCAGGAGUUUGGCCCGGAAAAUGUUGUGCAAAUUAUUAUGGAUAGCAGUUUUAGCUACACUGGCAUUGCUAAUCAUAUUGUGCAGAACUAUGGAUCUAUAUUUGUAUCUCCUUGUGCAUUUCAGUGUUUAAACCUGAUCUUGGAGGAUUUUUCCAAGGUUGAUUGGAUUAGUAGAUGCAUUUUCCAAGCACAAACCAUAUCAAAGUUGAUAUACAAUAAUGCUUCACUUCUGGAUCUUAUGAAGAAGUACAGCGGAGGCCAGGAGCUUAUCAGGAGUGGGAUCACAAAGUCUGUAUCCACUUUCCUGUCUUUGCAGUCUAUGUUGAAGCUGAGAACAAGGUUGAAGCAUAUGUUCAACAGCACCGAAUAUGCCUCGAGCACCUCCUAUGUAAAUAAACCACAGAGCCUUUCUUGUAUUGCAAUUAUUGAAGAUGGAGAUUUCUGGAGGACAGUGGAAGAGUGUGUGGCAAUCUCUGAGCCUUUUUUGAAAGUUUUGAGAGAAGUCUCUGAAGGGAAACCAACUGUAGGUUCCAUAUAUGAACUAAUGACCAGGGCCAAAGAAUCAAUCAGGACAUACUACAUAAUGGAUGAGAGCAAGUGCAAGAUAUUCUUAGAUAUUGUAGAUAAAAAGUGGCGGGACCAACUUCAUUCCCCUCUGCAUGCAGCUGCAGCAUUUUUAAACCCCAGUAUCCAAUACAAUCCUGAAAUAAAAUUCCUUUCCUCUAUUAAAGAAGACUUUUUUAAUGUUCUGGAGAAACUACUUCCUAUACCAGAUAUGAGGCGCGACAUCACCAAUCAAAUCUAUACAUUCGCAAAGGCACAUGGGAUGUUUGGUUGUAGCUUAGCAAAGGAGGCAAGAAGCACAGUUGCGCCAUGGCUUUGGUGGGAACAAUACGGCGACUCUGCGCCGGGGUUGCAACGAGUUGCCAUUAGAAUAUUAAGUCAAGUUUGCAGCACCUUGUCAUUUCAGAGGCAGUGGAGCACCUUCAGGCAGAUUCACUCAGAGAAGCGGAACAAGAUUGAUAGAGAAACAUUGAACGACCUUGUUUAUAUAAACUACAAUCUCAAGUUAGCUAGGCAGAUGAAUGCAAAGUCUUUAGAAGUUGAUCUGCUUCAGUUUGAUGACAUUGACAUGACUUCUGAGUGGGUGGAGGAGAAUGAAACUUCAAGUCCAACCCAGUGGCUGGAUCGUUUUGGUCCAACUUUGGAUGGCAAUGAUUUGAAUACGAGACAGUUUGGUUCUUCUAUAUUUGGUGCAAAUGACCCCAUAUUUGGAUUAUAGUUUUGUAUCCCAUCAUUUACGUGUAGAUAGUAAUUAGCAAGUGUUUUUUUUUAUAAGCAGUAAUUAGCAAGUUACCUUUCUGGUUCUAGAUGGUGUUCAUCCUUGAUGAAAUAGGUCUUAUUUUUCUGAGUUGUAAAGACAGGACUCUAUUGUUUGUCACCUUUGUCUAAUAUCAACCAGCUUCUCCCAUACUUGUGGGAGCAUAGGAUCAGUAAUCAAUGUAAUAUAUUUUUAUUGUGUUUGAAUAUAAAAUUCAACUGUUUCCACUUUCCAGA